AAUCGGCUUCGUUGCCGGAAACUGGAAUUUUCCACUGUAGUUGCCGGGACAAAUGAAGCAAAAUGAAUUUUAAACUCCGCGUUAAUGAAAUUUGGGGUCAGACGUCUAAAUAAAUUAGUUUUUUUUUUGGUUUUUUUGACGCCUCAUCCUAUGUCCUAUGUUUGAUUAUUCCUCCCCAAAUCGCUUGGUCUUAAUAUUUUGUUAAACAACAACAAAAAAACAUAGCAAAUUUAUCCUAUGUGGACCACAGUUUUUAGCGUAAAAACUCCUGGCUAAUUAGCCACGCCUCAAAUUUAAAGAAAUUUCUUUUUGUAUUUUUAUUUAUUUUAUUUAAUUGGGUUUUGGUGUGUCUUUCUGCGCCGUCGCUUCUCCAUAAAUAAAAUGAUUAAAUAAAUCAGUAAUUACGAUGUGGCAACUCAACCCAUUUACCAUUCUACCCCCACCUUCCUUCCGGCUUUCUUAUAUUUUCUAAACUCAAGUAAGCUCUGAGGAGGAGGGAGGGAGAGAGGGAGGGAAGAGAGUGUACGGACAUGGUGAUGGAAGUAGUAGGAGGAGAAACAGCAGCGUACAGCCCGCGCACUGUGGAGGAGGUUUUCACCGACUUCAAGGGCCGUCGUGCUGCCUUGAUCAAAGCUCUCACCACUGAUGUUGAGGAUUUUUACCAGCAAUGCGAUCCUGACAUGGUGAAUCUUUGUUUGUAUGGAUUCCCGAAUGAAGAAUGGGAGGUUAAUCUACCUGCUGAAGAAGUUCCUCCAGAGCUCCCGGAACCUGCUUUGGGCAUCAACUUUGCCAGAGAUGGAAUGCAAGAAAGAGACUGGUUGUCUCUGGUAGCUGUGCACAGUGAUGCAUGGUUGCUUUCGGUGGCCUUAUACUUUGGUGCCAGAUUCGGUUUUGACAAUACUGAAAGGUAUGCAGAUCUCCCUUCUUGAGUGUGUCUGAUGCUUUUAUUUCUAUAUGCAUGAAAAAUAAGGUUGUUUUGAAGUUGCUCUUGUUGUCGCUGAUCUUUUGCCUAUUGUUAGUGUUGUCAAAUCUCAAGAAAUGAAGUUGUUGUAAGUUCUGAAGAGGGUUCAAAUUCAGCAUGUGGGAUUUAGAACUUAUAGAAAUGGGGAUUUAAACUUCAAUGAAAUUGUAAAACAAUAUCAACGCACCAAAUUGAAUUUUA